AUGUCAAAUUCACCUAUAAAAUGUAAAGAAGAUUCUAUUAAUAGGUUAGAAAAUCAAAAAACUAAUUCAUCUUCUUCAAUUUCUCAUUCUAUUGAUGCUUAUGAAGGUAUUGAUGAAAAUAAUGUUAGAAAUUUAGCUAAAACUUUUACAAACAAUUCAAAUGAUGAUGAAAUACAUUCAGCUAUUGGUUUACAUAAAUAUUUAACUAAUAUGUCAACUGUACCUGGUAUUAAUCCAGUAGCUGAAAUUCCAGAUGAAAGAUUAGAUCCAAAUUCUGAUAAUUUUGAAGCUAAAUAUUGGGUUAAAAAUAUUAAAAAAUUAUUUGAUUCAAAUUCUGAUUAUUAUAAACCUUCAAAAUUAGGUGUUGCUUAUCGUGAUUUAAGAGCUUAUGGAGUUGCUAAUGAUUCUGAUUAUCAACCAACAGUUACAAAUGCUAUAUGGAAAUUAAUUACUGAAGGUUUUAGAUAUAUAAAGAAGGAAGAUCAAUCAAAACAAUUUAAUAUUUUAAAACAUAUGGAUGCUAUUAUGAAACCUGGUGAAUUAACAGUUGUAUUAGGUAGACCAGGUGCUGGUUGUUCAACUUUAUUAAAAACUAUUGCUGUAAAUACUUAUGGUUUCCAUAUUGGUAAAGAAUCAAAAAUUACUUAUGAUGGUUUAACUCAAAAAGAUAUUGAAAAACAUUUUAGAGGUGAUGUUAUUUAUUCAGCAGAAACUGAUACUCAUUUCCCUCAUUUAUCAGUUGGUGAUACUUUGAAUUUUGCUGCUAGAUUAAGAACUCCACAAAAUAGAGGUGAAAAUGUUGAUAGAGAAGCUUAUGCUCAACAUAUGGCUAGUGUUUAUAUGGCUACGUAUGGUUUAUCACAUACAAGAAAUACUAAUGUUGGUAAUGAUUUUGUUAGAGGUGUAUCAGGUGGUGAAAGGAAAAGAGUUUCAAUUGCUGAAGCAUCAUUAAAUGGUGCAAAUAUUCAAUGUUGGGAUAAUGCUACAAGAGGUUUAGAUUCAGCAACAGCUUUAGAAUUUAUUAGAGCUUUGAAAACUUCAGCAACAGUAUUAGAUACUACACCAUUAAUUGCCAUAUAUCAAUGUUCUCAAGAUGCUUAUGAUUUAUUUGAUAAAGUAGUUGUAUUAUAUGAAGGUUAUCAAAUAUAUUUUGGUGAUUCAAUACAUGCAAAAGAAUUCUUUAUAAAUCAAGGUUGGGAAUUCCCACAAAGACAAACUACUGCUGAUUUUUUAACUUCAUUAACAAAUCCUGCAGAAAGAAUACCACGUCAAGGUUUUGAAAAUUUAGUUCCAAGAACUCCAGAAGAAUUUGAAUCUCGUUGGAAAAAUUCAUCAGAAUAUAAAGCUUUGAUUACUGAAAUUGAUCAACAUUUUAUUGAUUGUGAACAUUUAAAUACAAAACAAUUAUAUCAUGAUUCUCAUGUUGCUAGACAAGCUAAUCAUACUCGUCCUGGAUCUUCAUAUACUGUUUCAUUUAAUAUGCAAGUUAAAUAUAUCAUGUAUAGAAAUUGGUUAAGAAUUAAAGGUGACCCUUCAAUUACUAUAUUUUCAAUAUUUGGUCAGCUAGUUAUGGCUUUAAUUUUAUCAUCAGUGUUUUAUAAUUUACCACAAACUACAGAUUCAUUUUAUUAUAGAGGUGCUGCUAUGUUUUUUGCUGUUUUAUAUAAUGCAUUUGCUUCACUUUUAGAAAUUAUGUCACUUUUUGAAGCUAGAGCUAUAGUUGAAAAACAUAAGAAAUAUGCACUUUAUCGACCAUCUGCUGAUGCUUUAGCAAGUAUUGUUAGUGAAUUACCUGUUAAAUUAAUGAUGUCAAUGUCAUUUAAUUUUGUUUUUUAUUUUAUGGUUAAUUUUAGAAGAAAUCCAGGUAGAUUUUUCUUUUAUUGGUUGUUUUGUUUCUGGUGUACUUUAGUGAUGUCACAUUUAUUUAGAUCAAUUGGUGCUGUUUCAACUUCUCUUGCAGGUGCAAUGACUCCAGCAACUACUUUAUUAUUAGCUAUGGUUAUUUAUACUGGAUUUGUUAUUCCAACUCCAUUAAUGUUGGGAUGGUCAAGAUGGAUUAAUUAUAUUAAUCCAGUUGGUUAUGUAUUUGAAUCACUUAUGUUGAAUGAAUUUCAUGAUAGAGAGUUUGAAUGUACUAGUUUUAUCCCAUCAGGUCCAAAUUUCAAACAAUUUUCAAUUGCAAAUAAAGUUUGUUCUGCAGUUGGUGCUAGACCUGGUAGAUCAUUUGUUAAUGGUACUGAUUAUUUACAAGAAGCUUAUAGAUAUACUAAUGGUCAUAAAUGGAGAAAUUUAGGUAUUACAAUUGCAUUUGCUGUUUUCUUUUUAGGAGUUUAUGUUGCAUUGACUGAAUUUAAUAAAGGUGCUAUGCAAAAAGGUGAAAUUGUUUUGUUUUUAAAAGGUUCAUUAAAGAAACAUAAAGAACAAAUGCAACAAAAAGCCCAUGAUUCAGAAUAUGGUGGUAUUCCCAAUGAAAAAGUUUCAUAUGAAGCUGCAACAGAGGCUGAAAAAUUUGAAAAAGGUGGAGAAAGUGGUUCAGUUUCUUCAGCUCCAAUUCCAGAAAAUAAAGAAAUUUUCUUUUGGAGAGAUUUAACUUAUCAAGUUAAAAUUAAAAAAGAAGAUCGUGUUAUUCUAAAUCAUGUUGAUGGUUGGGUUAAACCAGGUCAAAUUACUGCAUUAAUGGGUGCAUCUGGUGCAGGUAAAACUACUUUAUUAAAUUGUUUAUCAGAACGUGUUACUUCAGGUACUAUUACUGAUGGGGUUAGAUUAGUUAAUGGACAUGCUUUAGAUUCUUCAUUUCAAAGAUCAAUUGGAUAUGUUCAACAACAAGAUUUACAUUUACCAACUUCAACUGUUAGAGAAGCAUUACAAUUCUCAGCAUAUUUAAGACAACCAAGACAAGUGUCUAAAAAGGAAAAAGAUGAUUAUGUUGAUUAUGUUAUUGAUUUAUUAGAAAUGACACUUUAUGCUGAUGCAUUAGUAGGUGUUGCUGGUGAAGGUUUAAAUGUUGAACAAAGAAAAAGAUUAACUAUUGGUGUUGAAUUAGUUGCAAAACCUAAAUUAUUAUUGUUCUUGGAUGAACCAACUUCAGGUUUAGAUUCUCAAACUGCAUGGUCAAUUUCUAAAUUAAUGAGAAAAUUAGCAGAUCAUGGUCAAGCUAUUUUAUGUACAAUUCAUCAACCAUCAGCUUUAUUAUUAAAAGAAUUUGAUAGAUUAUUAUUUUUACAAAAAGGUGGUGAAACUGUUUAUUUUGGAGAUUUAGGUAAAAAUUGUCAAACCCUUAUAAAUUAUUUUGAAGAACAAGGAGCAGAUCCAUGUCCACCAAAUGCUAAUCCUGCAGAAUGGAUGUUGGAAGUUGUCGGUGCUGCACCAGGUUCACAUGCUAAACAAAAUUAUUUUGAAGUUUGGAGAAAUUCAAAAGCUUUUAAUGAUGUUCAAACUGAAUUAAAUAGAAUGGAAGUUGAAUUAUCAAAAUUACCAAGAGAUGAAGAUCCAGAUUCAAAAUUAAAAUAUGCUGCACCAUUAUGGAAACAAUAUCUUUUAGUUAGUUGGAGAACUAUAGUUCAAAAUUGGAGAUCACCAGGUUAUAUUUAUUCAAAAUUAUUUUUAGUUAUUACAUCAUCAUUAUUUAAUGGAUUUUCAUUUUUUAAAGCAAAUAAUUCUCAACAAGGUUUACAAAAUCAAAUGUUUUCAAUUUUUAUGUUUUUUAUCCCAUUUAAUACUUUAGUUCAACAAAUGUUACCAUAUUUUUGUAGACAAAGAGAUGUUUAUGAAGUUAGAGAAGCACCUUCAAGAACUUUUAGUUGGUUUGCAUUUAUAACUGGUCAAAUUACUUCAGAAAUUCCUUAUCAAAUUGUUGUUGGUACUAUUGCAUUCUUUUGUUGGUAUUAUCCAGUUGGAUUAUAUAGAAAUGCUGAACCAACAGAUAGUGUUAAUUCAAGAGGUGUUUUAAUGUGGUUAUUUAUUACUUCAUUUUUUGUUUAUACUUCAACUAUGGGUCAAUUAUGUCAAUCAUUUAUUGAAAUUUCAGAAAAUGCUGCUAAUUUAGCUGUUAUGUUAUUUACAAUGUGUUUGAAUUUCUGUGGUGUUUUAGUUCCAGGACCUCAAUUACCAGGGUUUUGGAUUUUUAUGUAUCGAGCAAAUCCAUUCACUUAUUUAAUUCAAGGUAUAUUAGCAACUGGAUUAGCUCAUACAAGAGUUAUUUGUAAUGAGGCAGAAUUAAUGGAAAUAAAUCCACCAUCAGGUCAAUCAUGUAGUCAAUAUUUAAGUGAAUAUGCAAAUCAAGCUGGUGGUUAUUUAGAUACUGUUGGUGGUUCAUGUAGAUACUGUGCAAUGAGAUCAACUGAUAUUUUUUUAAAUUCAAUAAAUGCUAAAUUUAGUGAAAGAUGGAGAAAUUUUGGUUUAGUUGUUUCAUUUAUUGCUAUUAAUAUUAUUUUAACAACUUUCUUUUAUUGGUUAGCAAGAGUUCCAAAAGGUAAUAGAGAGAAAAAGCAUAAAAAUUAG